CAGACAUUUAACAUUGAAACACCAUGCCAGACUGUGGAAGACUUAACGAAUGGGGUUGUGAUGGCUCAGGUGCUCCAAAAGAUAGAUCCAACUUACUUUGAUGAAAACUGGUUAAACAGAAUCAAAACAGAAGUAGGAGAUAAUUGGAGGCUAAAGGUAAGCAACUUGAAGAAAAUUUUAAAAGGGAUACUGGAUUAUAACCAUGAGAUUCUAGGGCAACAGAUUAACGGCUUCACUCUUCCUGAUGUUAACCUGAUUGGAGAGCACUCUGAUGCUGCAGAGCUUGGGAGAAUGCUUCAGCUUAUUUUGGGAUGUGCGGUGAAUUGUGAACAGAAGCAAGAGUACAUACAGACCAUAAUGAUGAUGGAAGAAUCAGUUCAACAUGUUGUCAUGACAGCCAUUCAGGAGUUGAUGAGUAAAGAGUCUCCAGUCUCUUUUGGAAAUGAUGCUUACAUUGACCUUGAAUGUCAGCUGAAGAAAACUACAGAAGAAUUAAAUGAAGCCCUAGCAAUAAAAGAAGAAAUUGCCCAGAGAUGUCAUGAGUUAGAUAUGCAGGUUGCAGCACUUCAAGAGGAGAAGAGCAUUUUACUUGCUGAGAACCAGGUUCUGAUGGAACGUUUGACUCAAUCUGAUUCUAUAGAAGAUCCCAACAGCCCUGCAGGUUGUAGGCACUUGCAGCUGCAGACCCAAUUAGAGCAGCUCCAAGAGGAAACAUUCAGGUUAGAAGCUGCCAAAGAUGACUAUCACAUACGUUGUGAAGAACUAGAAAAGGAAAUUGCAGAACUGAGACAAGAAACUGAAGAGCUUAGUACAUUAGCAGAAGAGGCUCAGUCUUUGAAGGAUGAAAUAGAUGUACUCAGGCAUUCUUCUGAUAAAGUGGCCAAGUUAGAAAGCCAGGUAGAGUCAUACAAAAAGAAACUGGAAGACCUGGGUGAUUUGCGGCGGCAAGUGAAACUAUUAGAAGAGAAGAAUACAGUGUACGUGCAAAAUACCGUGAGCCUGGAGGAAGAACGAAGGAAAGCCAAUGCAGCACGUAGCCAGCUGGAGACAUACAAGAGACAGGCAGUGGAAUUACAAAACAGAUUAUCUGAAGAAUCCAAGAAAGCUGAUAAACUAGAUUAUGAAUGCAAACAGUUGAAAGAAAAAGUAGACAGCCUCCAAAAAGAAAAA